CUUGGGCUUGCCGUAAUACGUCACAGGUCAAAGUUGAAAGCUAGCAUGGCGACGGUGGAGAAACGAAGGAGCGGAGGCUCCUCUAAAACCUCAAAAAAAGGUGGAAAUGGUGUGAAAGCACUGGCUGCUGAAGAAGUAGAAGCAAGAAGAAGAGAGGUGUUGAAGGAGAAGCUGAGGGAGAAGCUGGAGCUGGAGAGAAGAGCUCUGACAAUAGUGGAGCGUCUCAUGGAAGAUAGUGUGGCUGAAGACUUCCUGCUUGACUGUGCCAAAUUCAUCACUCCAGAUAAUUACAAAGAUGCUGUGGAGGAGAGAUCCAUUGCGAAACUGUGUGGUUAUCCCGUAUGUUCAAAUAAACUGGGCAAGAUCCCAACUCAACAGUAUAAAAUUUCUACUAAGACGAAUAAAGUGUACGACAUCACUGAGCGCAAAGGUUUUUGUAGUAACGUCUGUUACAAGGCCUCCAAAGAGUUUGAACUACAAUUAUCAAAGACACCUCUAUGGCUCAGGCAACAUGACAGGCCACCAGAUAUUACACUGAUGAAGAAAGAAAAUAGUGGGAGCUCUGGAGAGGAGGUGAUUCUGUCAGAGAGGUGUCUCCAAGAGAAAGACGUUGAGAAUCCACUGACAGAUCAGCCCAAAGAUCCUCACAGCUCUCAGCCGUCGUGUGUUGCAGGCGGCCUCAGCCACAGCGAUGGCAGCGACAUAGAACAAGAGCAGGAGUUUGUCUCCAGUGUGAUCUCACAGCGGCAGGGACCCCGGGUGCACUGGGGUGACCUGCCAAAACGCACAGAUUCAGAUGAAAACAGGCAAGAAAAACCAGGGAAGACGGAGAGGAAAGAGAAACAGAAUAAAGACGAGGAUGAGGAGAAGAACAAGUAUCGUCAGCAUCAUGAAGCAGAGAAAGAGGGAAAAGCAAGAGUGGAUGAGAAAGAGAAAGACUCGCAUGAGUGGAAAACAGACCCUCAAAUUGUUGCCGAACACCUGCACAAGAAGAUCGACCUUCCAGAAGAGAAACCCAUAGUGGAGACUACAGCUCAGAUGAAUUUGUGCAGUUUGUCUGAAACAGUCAGUGACAUUAUUUCUCUGCCUGUUGACUCUACUGCUGCACACAUGGAACACAAUCCACUGCACACUUGUCCUCCACUUACUGACUCAGAAAGCCCAGCAGAGAACAAACCUCUUUCUUGUUCAGCACUCACCAACACUUGCCAGAACAGUCACAGUACAACAACGGCCACCCAGCUCAACAUCACACAGGUGGGUAUGAGCAAAAAAGGGGCAGCUGGGCUAAGAGAUCUACUCAAGAAUCACACUGCUGCACCCAAACCUGAGUCAGUGAAUCUCCUUGAGGGCCUGAGAAGAAUCCUGAAGGAAUGGAGCACCGCAGAAACUUUUAAGUUCCUGUAUGGUGCUCACCAUUCCACAGUCGCUCUGUCUGCUGACAUUAAAGACGAGGAGGAGGAGGAGCAGCUUGAUGAAGAUGAUCUUGAGGAAGAGGUGACAGAGGAGGAUGGUGCUGCAGCUCUUUCUGUGGUGCUGAAGAAACCAUCGGCAGUCGCUCCAGAUUAUGAGAUAUUGAAGAAGGAGACGGAGCAGCUGGAGCUCAGAGUUAGGGAGUUUUACAAAGGGACAUGGGUUCUGCCUGAGGAAGAGGCACCUAAUGAAAACAAGGUGACAGCCCAGGACCAGGGCAUGAAGGAACCUGUUCUGCCGCUCAUUGACUCUCAUGCUCAGCACCUCAUCCAGAAACGAAUCGCAGUGGAGAAGCUCACUGGCUGUCUCAGAACCAUUGUGGGUCCACUGCACCUCACCAUGAGUGACGUCUCUGACAACCUGAACACCCUGGUCAGGACUUUCAGGUUAACCAACACCAACAUCAUCCAUAAAACUCCAGAGUGGACCCUCAUUGCUGUGUUGCUUCUCCACCUGUUGUCAGAAGUGUCUCCAGUGGUGUGUGAGGCCUUGGAGGCGACAACAUCAACUGAGUAUUUAAACACACUGAUGGAAGAGCUUGACCUAAAAGAGGACGAUCUAUUGAACUUAAUCCAGGUGUUUAAAAACCCAUCACACUGACUCACACACACACAAUCAGGAAUGAACGUGUGAAUAAUUAUGAUAGUACACACUCUGGUGUGCUGAUUUAAGAGUGUGACUCAUGUGUAUUUUUUCCACAAAUAAAUGUGUUUUGAUAACUGUA